UUGGGAUUUCAAUAGGUAGGCAGGUAGAGUGAGGCAUGGAAUAAUCUUCAGCUACAUGUUUCAGUUCAUUGAUUGUGCAGUUCGUUCUGCUAUUAGACGGAACAGGACAGGACAGGUACAGACUGGUUCUUAGUGACAACGAACAUGAUCUUCCUUCCCGCUUGAGAAAUACAAUUCUGCUGCAUCAUUUCUAUCAAAGAUUUCGACCCCUGAAUUGUACAAACGACAACUCUCUGACAUUUCCUUUGACUUUUUUCAAGGCCUCGAAUCAGGAAGAACUUACCAGUCGCUUGGUUAUACCGGCCGUACUUCACCGCUAUCCACUCUCAAUUGGGAUUCCUCUCUCUCUCUCUCGGUCAACGUAACAAGAAAGUUCGCAUGAAAAAGACAACGUUGAUCCAUUCAUCAAUUAUUCCACUACCACUAAACAAAUUCUUUGGUCCUUCCAUCAGCUUCGAGCUUCGUCAUUCAAAGCCUCAACAUACGAGUUCGUUCGAUUACCCCACCUUAAACCCUACAUCGUGGGCCACAUAUUUCGAAAGUCUGGUCAUAUCACAACAAUCGCAAGUUUUCCAAAAGAAGAAAAGAGAAAGUCCCCUCCACAGGACUAGAUAAAAAAUCAGACAAGGUGGCUUCCCGCGAUCUCGUCUCGCAAGGUGGCACCCUAUUUUCUGCCAUUCAUCAUCUCCCUGACUCUCUACAAAGCUAUCUCGAUACCACUUCUCAUCAUCUCCAAUCCGUCUAUUCGCAACUGCCUGAACCCGCUCAAGCCUACCUCGGACAGGCUGCCAAAUUCACUCAUAUCGAUCGGGUUCCUCCUACGGCGUUAGCGGGUAGUGUUUUUGUUAUCCUUGCAGCUACCGUGAGUAUGAGUCGCUGGGGAAAUAAUUGGUUCAGUGGUGGCACCAGUCGUUUGAGUCCUUUCUCGAGUCGAAGUAAUCCGCCGCAAGUAAAGGAUGAGGAUUUUGAAUACAUCACGAGUGGGGAUUUGGAAGAACCGAGUAGAACCUAUGAUCCACAUUCGAGACCACCUCCUUCUGCACAAGAGGAAGAUGAUGUGCUCCUGGUGAAGAACAAGGGAAUCACCUACCCAGUCAAAUUUCCAGCUUACAGUAUUGGGGAUGGAAAAUUACAAGUUAGUGAUGUCAGGAAGAGAGCCGCGGCAUUGAUGGAUGUUUCGAAUUGGAGGAAGUUGAAGUUGGUUUACAAGGGAGAACAAUUGAAGGAUGAUCAUGCACUUUGUCGAAGCUACGGUUUAAGAAAUGAAUCGGAGAUUCUUUGCAUUAUCGGGGAUGCAGCAAUUGGCAGUGGAGGUUCAGGGGAUGACAGUGAGGAAGUUCAAGAAGGAACUGCAUCUAAGCUCAAAAAACGAAUUCGCAAGUCAAAGAAUAAGAAGGGAAAGAAGAAGAGCGACCACAACCUCAAAGCACCACAAAUGGAUUCAUCUACGACGUCCAGAACAGCUUCACCAGUUCCACCCUCAACACCCCAAACCCCAAUGGAGAAAUUAAAUGCUAUUUCAGACUACCUACAUUUCGAAAUCGUACCAUUAGCAGAAGCAUUCAUGGCAAAUCCCCCAGAGGGAGAAAAGAAAAAAGAUUUCGAACACAAGAAGCUGAGUGAGACGAUCAUGGGACAGGUACUCUUGAAGUUGGAUGCGGUGGAGAUAGAGGGCGAUCAAACAGCCAGAGAAACUAGGAAAGCUCUGGUGAAGGAAGUGCAUGAUAUCUUGAAUGGUAUUGAUUCCAAGGUUCCUGAUGCAAAGUAAGAUCUUUGGUCCGGUUAUUAUACCUUGUUUGAAGAUGGAACGAGUCUUUCGGUUUCGACUCCGGCUUCCUUAUGCAUCGAAAAUGCAUCAAUCUUGUGCUUGCAUUUAUGAAGUUUACGCUAUCGGGAUGCUAUGCACAUACUGGGUGUGAUCGGGCUUCUUUGAUUUUAGAGGAUCAUUUAUUGCAGAGUUGGCGAGGUUUUGCAUGGCGUCUUUCAUAGAUAGUAUGGGUAUUAAUAAAUUGUUGAUGGGGAAAGAGGGGUUUUGAACGAAGGACAGGGGUGAGCGUCAUUGUCACAGGGGAAAGAUGCGAGAGGGCUGAUCAUUUCGAGUGCAGCAUGAAGCAUGAUAUUACAUACUUUUUGGUCCGUCGGAUAUGCAUCUGCAUGCCAUACGGCUGUGUUGUAGUAGGGAGAGAGUAGAAGA